UUAAUUUUAGAGAUAAAAUCUAUUUUUUCUCGUUUUUCGUAAGUCGGUUACGAAUUAUUUUCUGUUUAUUAAAUUUAAAAUAGGGCAACUAAAUAAAAAUUACAACCACGAAAAACUGGCAGAUGGGUCCUUGUGCGACUCUAAAUUCUUUGCCAGUCAAUAGCAACUCCUCGCUGUCAUCGUCUUCACAAACUUUUUCUUACCACCUGAAUUCACAACAAAUCUAUCCAAGCAAGCCGACAUCUUCUGAAUUUUCAGGAGUUUAUAUAAAUUCAGAGAACUCAUUGGAUGCAGCCAAAUGUAACCCAAGGGGUCCAGUGAAAAACAACAAUGCCUACAAUGCUGUCAGAUCAACCCCUUACCCGACGGCUCAACAACAUUACAUGCAAAGUAAAAGGGCCCAGUUUCCAGCUUCACUUUCACUUGAGUAUGGAGCAUCGGCCUACCAAUGCCACCCCCACCCCUACGCUCAACUGCCUCCACCAUCAAUGCAACCACCUUCCAUCCCCCACCAUCAAAUGUAUGGAUGGUCAGGCAAUGCUCGAACUAAUCACCAAAUGGCCUCCAGCUACAACAACAUGAUGGGUAGAUCUAAUGGAUCAUUUGGAGCUGGUGUCAACCAAUCGAUGAUGUAUGGAAAGCUAAUGAGGCCCACGAAUGUUAUGCAGGGUUAUGCAGGUUCCUCUGGAGGGCAGUACGGGAUGCCUCCGCCCCCUCCACAUCAUCAUCAUCAUCAUCACAUCAGUCACAACAACUAUCCAGCUGUGAUGUACAACCCCCACCCGUCACAGAUGAUGGCGCACAGUGGAACCUCUCCUCUUCCCCCCUAUCUUCCUCCAUCAUCUCCGGACAUGAAACCAACCAUGAUGAAUGGAGGGAAGAUGUCGUCAGUGUACAAUGUGAAGAAAGAAGCAGCCGCAGCAACGUAUCCAAUGACAACAGGGAUGGGUGCGUACGAUCUUCGACUCACAUUCCCCGUUAAAGAUGGCGUGGUCUUGGCUCCGUUCCGAUUGGAGCACAACUUGAAUGUGAGCAACCACGUAUUUCAUCUCAGAGAUUCAGUCUACCAAACCCUCAUCAUGAGGGAGCUAGUUUUUGAUAGCUAUUUAAGAAUAAUUUCCAUGAGUUCAAUGUCACUGACUAUUGAAAAUGAUGAAAAACAUCUGACCUUUGACCUAUUUUCACCAAGUGAUUGA